UAAGAUAAUAAUUGUUAUUUUCUUUUUCUUUUAUUGACAUUAGAAAUCUAAAACUCGUUUGUCGUUUCAUUACAAAGAGUUCAAAAAAGAAAACAGGAGGAGAAAAAAGUGUAAGCUGGUCGAUCAAUUCUCAAGUCAACUUCUUACUCCAUCACACCCAUACUCAUUCUUCUCUGCAUCUCAAAAUGUCCGACGGACCCUUAACGGUCCUCGACGGGACCCACCUCCGACCCCUCGACCUCACCUUGCCGCCCUCCCUUACCGGAGCUCAGCUCCUCGACCUUGCCGAUUCUACCGCCUCCGCCUCUCUCUUUGGUCUCACUUUGCCUCAAACCCUUAAGUCAUCUGCUCUCCAACGCAUCAACCUUCGAAACGACGACGUUUUUCUUCGUACAGAACUCACUCCUGAACAGGCUUCUCACACAAUUAAGCUCUACAUCGACGCGAUCGCCGAUGAGUUGAAAGAUAAUCCUAUUGUUGCAGCAAUCUUGGACGGAAAAACUAUUAGGCUGUUUUUAGAAGAUGAGGAUGAUUUCGCAAUGAUAGCAGAGAAUAUUUUCACUGAUUUAGAUGCUGAAGAUAAGGGGAAGAUAUGCAAGAGUGAAGUUCAGAGUGCUCUCGUUCAAAUGGGAGUUGAGAUGGGUGUUCCUCCUAAGUCAGAGUUUCCUCUACUAAACUCUAUAUUAAAGAAACAUGGGGCAGAAGGAGAAGAAGAGUUGGGCCAAGGACAGUUUGCAUUGUUACUUCAGAAUAUUCUACAAGAGCUAGCAGAGGUUUUGGCUGAAAAGCCUAUCAUUCUAAUUCAGAACAUCAAGAUUGCGAAUGGUUCCAACUUAAGAAAGCUUUUGGCUGAUGAGAAGCAAGUGAAUUAUGUUGUAGAGAAAAUACAAGAAGAAAAAAAUGGUGCGAAGCAAAGCUCAGGGAUUGUAGAAUUAUUGAGAAGCUUUGUUGAGAAAAACGGUUCAGAUAUGGGUAUACCACCACCAUCUGAAGCCAAUGAGGCUGUGACACUUUUGUAUGAUUCGGUCUUUGCUGAUAUGGAAAACAAUAAGACUGCUUCAGAAGUAGAUAGGGAUGGUUUAUUCAAUCUUGUGAAAGAGAUUCUCGAGGAGUUUGCAGACCUGCUAGAAGCCAAUCCUGUUUAUCAUGGUCUUGAUAAUUAAGGAGAGAGAGAGAGAGAGAGAGAUUGGUAUACAUUAGUAUGCAUAUAGUGAAAAAAUCUUAGUUGGCUGAGGUUAUUUCAUUUCCCGGGUAUAAGAUAUUUCUUAUAAAUAUAUAAUAUAAAGAAAUUGCUUCGUUAA